AUGAAGUCCUCGAGUCAAGCAGUCUCAUUCAUGUCUAUUCUCAUGCUGCUUCUCCUACUUGCUCCGUCUUCUGAGGCUGCAAUUGCGUGCAGCGACGUGAUCAAGGACCUCCGGCCAUGUCUGAGCUACCUGCAGAGCGGGUCAGGGAAGCCACCGGCUACUUGUUGUGCCGGAGUCUCGGCACUGGCAUCGGCUGCAAAAACCACUGCUGACAAGCAAACUGCUUGCAACUGCAUUAAGAAUGCAACCAGCAAAGUAAGCGUGAAGCCCGAAUUAGCCAAGGCUCUUCCAUCAAACUGUGGAAUCAGCCUGUCCUUCACUGUCUCCCCCAAUGUGGACUGUUCUAAGUACUACUUUUACUAGUUCCUCUUUACUCAUCACACUUCUUUAAUUUGCACACACUGACACACACAUUGUUUUGUAUUGACCUUUUUUAAUUUCUUUUGUUUUUGUUUUUUUUGUGUUCUUUGCAGAAUAACUUGAAUCUGGAGUACACAUGAAAAUGCUUCUAUUCCUCGUGGAGAAGCUUAACCUAUGUUGCAAUAAACUGGAUCUUGAUGGUGUCCUUUUCCAUUCCUGCCAUAAAUUAUGCUUUACUACUAGUAGUUAACUUUUCCAUGUUUUGGUUAAAAUAAAUGUAUUUUCCCAUUUUCAGGUGAAAAUGCAGUGAGAUUAUUAUGUUAUU